AAUGACAUUUAUUAAAACUGGUAAAAGUGACCGUUACAAUCAUAAUAAUUUAUUCAAGAAAUCAUUAAUAUAAUAUUUAGUUUUAUUACGUUUUUUAUUAUAUUUAAAUAAAUAAUUAUAAUGGAUACGAGUAAAGUAUCUUCCCUUGAAGAAUUGAAAGAUUUAGAUAUGGAUUUUAUUAAUGAUAUCGGCUGGGCAAAAGUUAUGUGGGAUUCACUACAGGCUUGUUUGAAAAAAUCUUUCUUAAAUUGGGUAGAUACAGUUUUAACCAUGAGCCAAAAUGAAGAUGAUGUUAAAGAAUGGAGAUCAACGUUUAUGGAACAAUUUGAAGACAGAUGUUAUGAGCUAGUUACGGACAUAAGAGAAUUACAUGAACAAGUUCUCGUAAAUAUUGAGAAAUAUCUCAACAAAACUCAAGUUUUGUGUAAAAUGCUUCAGGCGGAUAUGCCAGUUAUUGGACAACAUAAAUUAGGAUUAUACCAAGAACAGUUUCAACUUAAAAGGCAAAUGAGAGAAUUAGAACAAAUGGUCGAAGCUAGAAUGUCAGAAGUUAAUCAGUUACGUUCUAAACAGCUGGAGUUGUGUAAAAACCUUGGUAGAGAACCUAUACUCAUAAAAGACCACCCAUUACCAUCUUUAAAUGAAAUCUCAGACUUGAAAAAGCACAUCGAACAAUUGGAGCAAGAAACCUUCGAUAGAUUAGAAAAAUUCACGACUGUUAAAGGAGAACUCAUAGAAAUAAUCAAUCUACUUGGUUACACUCCUUCUACACAAUUUGAACUCGCCGUUAUAACAGGAGAAGAAAGUGAUUUCAAGAUCACUGAAGAAAACAUGGAAUCGCUAGAUUUAUUCCUCUAUAAUAUGAAGAAGGAAUUGAAUAAUGUCAAAGAAGAAAUUUAUCAGUUGAGGACCAAAAUAGAACAACUUUGGAAUAUGUUGGAUGUUGAUUUUGUCGAAAGGGAAGAGUUUCGAAAAAAAUACGUUGGAGAUUCACUAAAUACCUUAGAAGCUUUAAGAUUGGAAUUGAAAAGAUGCGAAUCUUUAAAAAGGGCAAAUAUUAAGGUAUUUGUCGAUAGACUGCGUCAAGAAUUAGUGGAUAUAUGGAAAUUAUGUCAUUGCUCCGAAUCUGUUAGAUACGAGUUUCGUUUUUUCGAUUCAGAUACUUAUACCGAAGAUCUCCUAGAAUUGCACGAAGUGCAACUGAAAAAAUGGAAAAUUUAUGCUGAAGAGAACAAAGACAUCAUUGCUUUAUUAAAUAAACAUCACACAUUAUGGGAUAAAAUGAUUGAAUUAGAACAGAACGCAACAGGAGCUGACCGUUAUAAUAACCGUGGUGGUAAACUGUUGAAAGAAGAAAAAGAAAGGAAUCUUUUAUCUAAACAGAUACCGAAAAUUGAAGCGAAUCUAUUAGAUUUAGCCGAAAGAUACCAACUCAGACAUGGUGUACCUUUUCUUACCUUCGGUAAUACCAUAGAGAGUUAUAUCAAUAAUUUACAUGCCAACAGAGAAAACGCGAAAAAAUUGAAGUUGAGCGCCAGAAAACUCCAGAAAGAAGCAACAGCCAUCAAUCCGAGUACAAGUCACAUGACAUCGAAAAGAAUCCUCACAGAUUGUCCUUCGGCCGAUCCAAAAAAAUAUAAAUUAACUCCUCGAAAAGUUUUUACUGAACCUAAAAAGAAUCCAAAACAAUUGCAGGUGCCUAAAAUUUUAUUAACAACAUUGAGCAAAUCUAAACGUUUAUCUGUUGAAAGGAAGAAACGUUUGGAUAAAAUUCGACGAUUAAGCAGGCAAAAGGAGAUGCGUGACAGUUCGACGUACAUCGAAUUUCAGAAUGAUUUGUCAAAUCGAGUAGAUUUGCGUAGCACUAUGAACGUGGCGCUGGAUAACGAGACUGUCGUUAAAGAAACAUUUAAAUCUCCCGCUCGACAAAGCGGAAGAACACCGAAAAGUGUGGGAAAAAAGUCUCCGAAUCUGCCCAAUAAACUGACAGCUGUCAAAAGUCAAAUCAAAUUGAUUUUCUAAUAGAUUUAUAUUUUUGCUUCUUAGUUAUUUUAUAAGAAUUAUUAACGAGUUUAUAUAUAUAUGUUAAUAUUUUAUGUUUAAUCCACGGGACUCGUUUUUGUUUUUUCAAAAAAAAUGAUUGAUUUUUUUUUAAAAUGUAUUUCAAAAUUUUCAUUCCUUUGUCUCUUUUCGUACAUAAUUUGACAUUCUAUUUUCCUUUGCAAUUUCAACUCGAAUCCUUCCAUUUUUAUUUCUUGAUACAUAUCAUGAUCCCAUCCCUUUUUAAUUGCAGUUGUAAGCUUGAUCUUUUCCUUUUGCCCUUUUUGUCAUGAGAAUUUCCUGCUUCAUGUUGCAAUUUUUGCUGUGAUUUUGUUAUUUAAUCUUUUUUGGAAUAUAUUUUGACCAAAUCUUUUCUUUUUAUAUAUUUUUUUGGUAAAUUUUUUUAUCAAAUCGUUUCUUUUAUUAUUUUUUUGUUACAUAUUUUGUUGUAAUCCUUUCUGGUCCCUUUUCGUACAUAUUUUGAUCCCAUCCUUUUUUUAAUUACAGUUGUAAGCUUGAUCCUUUCCUUUUGCCCUUUUUAGACACAUUUCGACCUCAUCCUGUGUCCGGUUACAAUACCAACUUGAAUCCUUCCAUUCUGUCUUCUUUAUCAUGAGAAUUUCCUGCUUCUUGUUGCAAUUCUUGCUGUGAUUUUGUUAUUUAAUCUUUUUUUAAACAGAUUUUGACCAAAUCUUUUGUUUUUGUAUAUUCUUUUGGUAAAUUUUUGAUCAAAUCGUUUCUUUUAUUAUUUUUUUGUUACAUAUUUUGUCGCAUUCCUUUCCUUUUGUCUCUUUUGGUACACAUUUUGACCUCAUCCUGUUUCCGGUUGCAAUUCAAACUUGAAUCCGUUCCUCUUGUCUCUUUUCGAACAUAUUUUGACCUCAUUCUAUUUUCCUUUGCAAUUUUAACUCAAAUCCUUCCAUUUUGUCUUUCUUGAUACAUUUUUUGAUUCCGUUCUUUUUUCGAUUGUAGUUAUAACCUCGAUUUUUUCUUUUGUCCUUCACACACAUUUUGACUCCAUUCUGUUUUUAGUAGCAAUUCUCUCAUUUUAUCUUUUUCAAAGAUAAAACGUGUUUUGACCAAAUAUUCUGCUUUUGUCUUUUUUGUCACACAUUUUGGUAGUUACAUGCUGCUUGUUGCAAUUUCUAAUUGUAUUUUCUCAUUUUGUUGUUUCCGAAACAUAUUUUGACCAAAUCUUUUGCUUUUGUAUUUUUUUGUUAUAUUUUGUCCCUGUCCUUUUCUUUUAUCUCUUUUGGUACACAUUUUGACAUAAUUCUGUUUUCCGUUGUAAUUGUCAACUUGAAUUCUUUCAUUAUGUCUUCCUUGACAUACAUUCUGAUCAUAUUUUGCUUCCUGUUACAAUUUUCCCAUUUCAUCUUUUCUUGAAAACAUAUUUUUACCAAAUCUUUUGCUUUUGUAUUUCUUUGUCAUAUAUUUUGAUUAAAUAUUUUCCUUUUGUCUCUUUUGGUACACAUUUCGCCCCAUCCUGUUUUCGGUUGCAAUUCCAACUUUAAUCCUUCCAUUUUGUCUUGAGAAUUUCCUGCUGCAUGUUGCACUGCUUGUUGUGAUUUUGUUAUUUUUUAAACAGUUUUUUACCAAAUCUUUUGUUUUUGUAUAUUUUUUUGUUAAAUUUUUGAUCAAAUCGUUUCUUUUGUCUCUUUUGAUACACAUUUCGACCCUAUCUUGUUUCUGGUUGCAAUUCCAACUUUAAUCCUUCAAUCUUGUCUUUUUUAAUGCAUUUUUUGACCUCAUUCUACUUCUUGUUGUAAUUUUUACUUGAAUCCUUCCAUUUUCUCUUUCUUGAUACAUAUUUUAAUCCCAUCCUUUUCCCAAUUGCAGUUGUAACUUCGGCCUUUUCCAUAUUUAUAUCAUUUUUUCAGUUGCCGCUUCUACUUUUCCAACAAUUCCAAUUUUUGACUUAAAUUUUCUCCUAUUUAAGUAAUUUUCCAGUUUGUGCUUCCACUCUAUCCAAAUUUCAUCAUUUGUUUUGUCUCCUUUCACAUUUUCAUUAAUUUCAUCUAGUUUCUGCUUCCAUUUCUCCUACAUUUCCAAAAUUUUGACUUUAGUCCCUUAUCUCAAUAAUUUUCUCAGUUAUUAUUUCGAAUUUUCUUAUAAUUCAUUAUUACUUCAUUCAACUCUAACUCUUUCCUCAAUUUUUUUCCUCUAUAUAAAAAUUCUUUUUGGAUUUUAAUUUUUGAUUACAUAUAACACCAAUUAUGAUAUAUAAUUUUGACUGAUUUCGCAAUUUUGGAUGGUUUUUUUUAAAAAAAUUGAGUCCUGCAUGACAAUCUGUACAGUAUUUUUUUAAAUAUUAUACUUAUUAUUUUUUUUAUAAUAAACUCAUAUUUUAUUUUUUAUUUUUAACAGGUGCGUAGAAAAAAAAGGUAACGGUACUUAACUUACUAACAAAUUAGCAUUAAAUCUGUGAUAAAUUUUCAAAUAAAAAAAAAAUGUCGCAUAGCAAAUUAAAA